GGAAGACAGGAAAAAAAAUUUUGUUAAUUCCUUUUUGGAUUUGACUUGUUGCUGUCGUAAUCGUGGAGUUGAUUGCUACUAAUUGACCACACAACAACAUGGACAGCAUGGUGUCGUGGACGAACGACACGGGAGACAUGCCGGACUUGAUCGUCAACGACUACGAAAUUCCUCUGCUGGGCGCGUUUCUCUUUUAUUUUGUUCAGUGUUUGUAUGGCACUGUCUUUGUCGUAGGUCUCAUGGGCAACACUCUCGUCAUCUACGUCGUCCUCCGCUACACCAAAAUGCAGACAGUCACCAAUUUGUACAUUUUGAAUUUGGCGGUGGCAGACGAAUGUUUUCUCAUCGGCAUUCCAUUUAUUAUGACGACAAUGGGCCUGGGAUAUUGGCCAUUUGGCAACGUCAUGUGCAAGAUUUACAUGACGACGACCUCGGUCAAUCAAUUCACAAGUUCCUUGUUGUUGACGGUUAUGAGCGCUGAUCGUUACAUAGCCGUCUGCCAUCCGAUCGAUGCGGCAACAGUCCGGACACCUUUCUAUGCCAAAGUCGUGUCCACGACAACUUGGGGCAUUUCUUUCCUCAUGAUUGUGCCAAUUUUUUUGUACGCCCACACACAACAAGUCCAUUCGGACUGGGCCAUCGGCAGCACCAACGAUUCCGGGGUGGUCGACACUUUGUAUUGGUCAAACGGCUCGGCCACGACCAUCACUUCCUGGAUCACCAACAACACGUUGGCCAUGUCGUCUAUCCUAACCGGAAGUGGCCUCGAGGAUGGGACCGAAAUUCAUCCGGCAAGUCCCAUCGUCAGCUGCAACAUUUACUGGCCAGAAAACGAGUACAUGAACGGACAGGCCGCCUUCACCCUCUACACUUUCACUUUGGCCUUUGCCAUUCCACUCAUCCUCAUUUUGGUCUUUUACAUCCUCGUCAUCAGGAAACUGAAAACGGUGGGACCGACCAACAAAUCCAAGGAGAAGCGCCGCUCCCACCGCAAAGUGACCCGACUGGUCCUGACAGUCGUCACCGUUUACGUCCUCUGUUGGUUACCUUAUUGGGUUUCCCAAGUGUCGUUAAUAUUCACUCCACCCAAAGCCUCACAGUCUCCGUACAUCGUGGCCAUUUUCCUGCUGGCCGGUUGCCUGGGCUACUCCAAUUCGGCCGUCAAUCCAAUCCUCUACGCUUUUCUAUCCGAUAACUUUAAGAAAAGUUUCAUGAAGGCGUGCACGUGCGCUGAGAGAAUGGAAGUCAACAAGGCGCUGGCCGGCGAGAACAGCGUCUUCACACGCCGCGGACGCAACUCGGAACGCACUUUUGGUCACAACGACUCACUGCGAUCGCGAGUUCCACCAGUUCCUGGGGGGCCAACAGGCCGGUCGUACGGCCCUCAGGGAACAAUUGAGCUACCGAAUCCAAUUCUCGCAACAAUCCAACAGGAAAUGUGCGUGUCUUUUGUCAACCGAUCCGACGACGAGUGCUGUAACGGCAGCCCUGAAAGGGAAAUUCCAGAUGUCGCAAACGGUUCGCUGAAAAUGGACGAGCCUUUCACCAAUGGCCGGAAUUCAACAAAUUUGGACGUUUUCUUUAACACCGAACUCAUUCUUAUUGGAACGUUCGCCGCUUCGUCGGGAACCCCGGAGCCAGCCUUUCCCCCCGCUGAACGCGUCGGCCAUGCGAACGGAUCUAGUCACGUUCUUCAUAGUGACCUCUAAAAUGCGCUAAAAUGAGAAUACCACGACCAAUACAACAAUAAACGGAUGGAACAAGUGCAAUAAAGGAAACGGGAAACACAUAACAGGCGGAGAAUUUUAGCGGAGAAUGCGGAAUCAUCUGAGGAACACCAAAUAUUUGGAUCGCAGAAACGACAUUACUUCGUGUAUGGAACAAUUAUAUCAAUCCUGAUUCAACGUCCCUUAUUUUUGCCAUUUUCAUCUUGCCACAUAUCCCGACCAAGUUGAAUCCGUUUCCCUCAUUAAGUCAUUAUUUACACGUUUGCCAUGCCAAAUAAAAAUAAAUCAUUUGCA